UUACUGUUCCAUUCUUAUAUUAUUUUCCAAAGCCAUUACUAAAAUGAUAACGAAAUUGUUUGUUAUUUUUAUAUUUUUCUUUAUAGAUUUUUCUAGUUCUAAAAAAUUGGAAUAUAAGAAGUAUAAUAAUUAUAAGUAUUAUGAUAUAAAAGGAGACGAGCGAGCAUUGGAACAUUUAAAAAUACUUAUGCAAGAGAAAGAUGAUACUUUGUUUUAUUCAAGCAACAGAAAAUCAGCUCAAAUAUUAGUAGCUCCUGAAUUGAACUCAGUUUUUCUAGAAAUAGCUAAAAAUGAUAAAGUGAACACGACGCUAGUCUAUGAUGAUGUAUCUGAAGUAAUUCGUUCAGAGAAGCCUACAAUUUCAAGGAGAAAGAAUAAAAGAUUUUCUUGGGAUACUUACUACGAUAUUGAUGACAUUUACAAGUACUUGUCUGACGUAAGUAGAACUUAUCCGCUCUGGACAGAGGUAAUUGUAGGUGGUAUGACUUACGAAGGUCGUCAGAUACGAGGUCUUCGUAUCAACACACCAACCGAGGAAGGAGUAGAAAAACCAGUGUUUUUCAUUGAAUCAGGUAUACACGCGCGAGAAUGGAUCGCCCCCGCCACGACAACGUACUUCAUCAAUCAAUUGCUCACGAGCUCAAACCGUAAUGUAACAAGAUUGAGGGAUCAGUUCGACUGGCGGAUCUUCCCGACUGUUAAUCCUGAUGGAUACCAUUACAGCUAUGUAUUUGACCGAUAUUGGAGAAAGACUCGCUCAAUAUCGUCUAACGGCUGUAUAGGCGCUGACCCAAAUAGAAAUUGGGAUUAUAACUGGGGACAGUAUUCAACAUCAAAUAAUCCUUGCGAUUAUCAAGUCUACGCUGGAUCACGUCCGUUUUCGGAGAUUGAAACUAAAACAUUAUCAUCAUAUAUAUCUGAAAUAGAUAACCUACUGUUCUAUGUAGCAUUUCAUUCCUAUGCAUCUCUUCUGUUGGUUCCUUACUCUGAUUCUACUGAGCACGUCCACAAUUACGAAGAUCUAGUGCAAAUAGGUAAGGUGUCCUUGGAUUACGGAUAUCGAGUUAACACAGAGAAAUACAGUGGACCUGGAACCGCUGCAGAGACAUUAUAUAAAGCAUCUGGUGGUAGCAUGGACUGGGUCCGCUACGCUCUCAAUACGCCACUAGUUUACACAUAUGAACUUCGUGGUUCCUCUUUCCACUGGCCUCCGGAAAAGAUACCCGAGCAAGGAGAGGAGGUCACACAAAUGAUUCUCGGCCUUGCAACAGAAGCGGAGAACUUAGGAUAUUAUUAUAGUGAUAUAGCUUAAACAUUAAAAGAACCAUUGUUUUUUUAUAUAUAUAAUGUUUUAGAUAUAUAGUUUUUUAAUUAUCAUACUAAAAUAUAAGUGAAUUUACCUUUAUAUAUAUCUGAGUUAUUCAUUAACUAGAUAUUUUACUUAUUCUACUUAUUAUCUCUUACAGUUUAAAUGACAUACCAUACACGACACCACCACGACAUACUAUCAUCAAGCACCUAAUUAUCUCUAUAUAUAUAAAUAAAAUGCCUGAAUUAAGACCACAAAUAGACCUAUCAAGGACAUAUACACAUUUUCCGUUUUUAUACAUAGUGAUAUAGGUAUAAGAUGAAACCUAUUGAAAGACGACUGAUUGAUCUACUUCAUACAAUGCUGGUUUAUAAUUUUGUCAAUUACAAGAAAAAAAUUAAUAAAAUUUAACGAUAGUUA